AUGAGGCUGGUGGGCACGGGGGCGUGCGGCUGGGCCCUCGGCGUGCGAGGCUGGCAGGCACAGGCGCGCGCGUCGGGGCCGGCGGCGCGCGCGUCGGGGCCGGCGGCGCGCGACGCCGGCAACGGCAACGUGAAGGUCCAUUUCUACUUCGUGCUUCCAGGCGUGGACUCCCUUGGGGUGUGCUACGGCAUGAGCGGCAGCGACCUCCCGCCGGCGAGCACCGUCGUCCGCAUGUUCAAGUCGAACGGCAUCAAGGCGAUGCGGCUGUACGCGCCGGACAAGGCGGCGCUGGAGGCCUUGAACGGCACCAGCAUCGGUGUCCUCGUCGGCGCGCCGAACGACGUGCUGUCCAACCUCACAAGUAAGAAGGCCGCCGCCUCCUGGGUCCGCGACAACAUCCAAGCCUACCCGUCGGUAAAGUUCCUCUACAUCGCCGUCGGCAACGAGGUGGCCGGCAAGCCGGCGGACCUUCUUGCUCCGGCGAUGGAGAACGUUCACGCCGCGCUCGCCGCGGCCAAGCUUGGGCACAUCCAGGUGACCACGUCGGUGUCGCAGGCGAUAGUGGGCGUGUGCAACCAGCCCUCCGCCGCCAAUUUCACCAAGGAGGCGCAGGUGUUCAUGGGCCCAGUGCUGAAGUUCCUGGCUUGCACGGGCGCGCCGCUCAUGGCUAACAUCUACCCCUACUUCACCUACGCCUACAACCCGGGCGACAUGGACAUCCGCUACGCGCUCUUCACCGCUCCAGCCACCGUGGUCAAGGACGGCAAGUACAAUUACCAGAACCUCUUCGACACGACCAUCGACGCCUUCUAUGAGGCCAUGUCCAAGCUCGGCGUGUCCAAUGUGUCGGUCCUGGUGUCGGAGACGGGGUGGCCAACCGGCGGAGGUAAGGCAGCGACACCGGAGAACGCGAAGGUCUACAACGAGAACCUGAUCAAGCACAUAAGAGGGGGCACGCCGCGGCACCCGGACGCCAUCAAGACGUAUCUCUUCUCCAUGUUCAACGAGAACCAGAAGCCUAAGGGUGUGGAGCAGAAUUGGGGUCUCUUCUACCCAAACAAGAAGCCCGUCUACAAAAUCAGCUUGGACGUAACUCCAGAUCCUGAUUCUCCUGCUCCAGCGCCGGGUCCAGAAUCUCCAGCUGCAGCUCCUCAUUCUUAUUAGGAGAUCCUCUCAGCUCGUGGAGUAAGCGACUCCGUCCGAUAAGAAUGUAAAAGAAUACUGCAAUGCUAUUAGCGUAGUAUCUUCAAUGAUUUGUACACGCAAAAUACAUACAAAUUACCUUAGAUGUAUGUAACGGGUCGAAACU